AUGCCUAUUACGCUUCCUGUGCCGUCCAAAGGUGCUCUCAGAACUCUCCGCCAUCUCGCCUUCGGAACAUCUUGCACAGUCGCUCUGAGUGCUGGACUUCUGACCGAAGAUCGUCGACGAAGAAUCCACUCUGCGCGGGAGGUACACGAGAAUGCUUGCAAAAUCAAGGGGGCGAGGGGUUAUCACAGUGGAAGCGCCAGAGUACUUAUCGACAUUAGCAUGGGUGAUGUCUCUGGUUUCGAGGACCUCCCAUUCCCACCAGCGGAUAGAACAAUGACGAAGUUGACGAAAGAGACCAACAAAGAACACAGACAAUCGGCAAUCCAACCUACGAGCGAACACAUUGAGCUGGUGCAAAUCGGAACAGCUUGGCCUGGAGAUAUCUCCACGCAAGAAACUGGGAACAAGUCCACUCCGGCGCCCAAAAUCACGGAUCUAAUUGAUUCCCGCCCUUUGGUAGCCCACCGUCAAGUAAAAGCCCGUAGGGUGGAUGAUUAUAUCAAAAAACGUCUGGUUUUCCAGCAACAAGCACGGCCCGACGUUUUGGACUCAGAUGCAGAAGGAGAAUUGUUGUUUGAAGCCAAUCGUCAACGAAGACUUUCUGCGGAUGUUGACCGGAUUGUCUCGAGUGGUGAUCCAGCGGACGUCGAGGCAGCGGCCUCCCGAUUUUUGGAUACUUUCGAAGAAGGAAUUGACAUCCCCCGAACUGGUAUUGAUCCACAGCUACUUCAAACGGCCGCAAAUCUUUCAGAGUUGUGUAUGAAACAUGACAAAAUUCAUCUUGCACAAGCUAUACUGAAGUCAAUAUUGCCCCAUUUUCGUGGCAUCGAGGAGACAUUAUAUCAGAGAUUCUCUCCUCACACUAUCAUCAAACACAUACUGGAUGACGCCCAUUUAACUGGAUCGAGCUUAAACUUCGCCUGCGUAAUAUAUACCCAACGCUUUGAAAAAGGCUGCCAGAUCCCGGACAGUGUAGACCGGCAGAAGGUCUCCUCACUGGGUACAAGAUUAUUCGAAGAGGCACGCCAACGUGGAUGGCAUGGUCUUACUUGUAAAAUCUUCUUUUCAAGGUUACGAUAUGGUGCUCGUACUUCCCUGUCUGCAGAGGAUGUAGGAUGUGUGAUCGACGCCACACAUAAGCUUGGUGAUUAUAAAGGGGUGGGAGACCUUUUUUGGAAGUACUUCACCAAGACCACACCUCACAGCAUUCAACUAUCUAAAGUCGUUCGACUUGUGGUCGAUGCCGCCUUCCAGUCUGGACAAGCUCGGCGUGCGGAACGGGUAUUGGCAGUGAGCAGUAAAAUGGCAAAGCUUGGGGGUUUCAAAACCUCGACAACUUCGUUACUAAACUUUCUUGGUGGUCAGUGGAGGAUGACGCGUAAUAUUGAAAUCACCAUCGAGAGUUUCGAGCGCUUUAAACCACUCUUAGCUGAUGUCAACCAUCCGAGCACAGUUUACGGAGCGAUCAUUCAAUGGUGCAUAGAGGCUGACAAGGAAAGCAUUGCAGUAUUCUAUUACAAUGAGCUAAAGAAAGUCCACACUGUCAAUCCAGCCGACCUUCGUAUAUUUGGCCAUUUUGCCCUUGCCAAGGCAAAGCGUAAUGACUGGCCUGGAGCCAGAGAAGACCUCAAGAACAUGGGGCUGAUAAGCGCUCAGUUCGAGGAGGAAUAUGGACAGACUCUGCAAGAAAUCUUCAGUCAUAGCUUUGUACCCAUUUUGAAAGUCUUCGCAGAUUCGCACAGUGUUUGCGAGACAGAGGAGUUCAUCCGCGGCUUCAUGGACAGCAGCUACUUCCUAUUGACUCCGUACAUCUCCAACAUCAUGAUUAGUGAGUAUGCUGCUGCUAAGGAAACAGACUCUCUACUCCGCUGGGUAGACAUUGCACAUACUGCCGGAUGUCCCAUUGACUCGGUCUCGAUAAACAUCAUCCUGAAGUAUUGCCGCUUGGUGUGGGACUUUUCAUACGAAGAGGCCUUCCAGUUAUACAAGCUGAUCUGUGCGCGCGGUAAUGGUGCGUUCACGGAAGACCAGACUGUUGAACAUUUGGCACAGAUUGCCUUGACGGGUUCUCCGGGGACGGUGAAGGCUACUAAAAGACUGCGCAGGCUUCAAGCCCUGCGCAAACACAAACACACUUGGAACUCUGCUGGAACCCUUCGUAUCAUGAGUACAAACCUCAUUACCGGUAAUCCUGCCGCUACACUCAAAGCAUAUGAAUCGGCGCUCAAAUCCGAGAUUCCUAUUGGCCCGAAGCACGUAGCCAUAGCCGUUGCCGCGUGCUUGCGGCAUAAAAGCAUCUCGCAGACCCAAAUUCUCAUUAGAGAAGCAUAUGCUCGAGGAACCGAUGUGCAGUUUGCUGCGGCCCAUGUUCUCAUUGAACAGAUGAAGGGUUUCAUCGACCAGUCCCCAGACGAGUUCAGAAGCUUGGUUUUAACCAACAUAGCUACCCUGGAGACUGCUGGGAUUACCAUUGAUCAAUCUAUUGUAACCCAUACAAUCAGUCUUCUGGAGAGGAGUGGGGAGGUUCGACAAGCUCUCGACUUUUGGUCGCUCAUGUCUGAGCGGCUAGGCUUAAUGGCACAAACCAUCCAUCUCUCGACUCUUACUGUAUUGUUGAAUGUGUACGCGAGUCUUGAAAGCCGCCAGGGAGUCCUUUGGAUCUCACACACCCUCAUGCACUCAGGUUCCAUUCCAGACCGCCGGUUUAAGAUUCGCGUUGCAGUAAUGAUCAAUGUAGUAAAGAAAAAACAACAGCAAAAGCCCUUGGAUUUACGUCAAAUUGGCUAUAUGGAUGCUUUGGAAAGUUUACGUCGUCAGGUUAAGCAAGCUCGGGAACGCCGCAGUUUGGAAAAAGCCAAGUUCCGAGAGAUGGCCAUGUCUAUGCUCAACCUAGGGAUUGAAAGCCAGCCUCCUGCGAAUCUAUUGGGAUCCUCUGCAUCAGACUCUCGAACCGUGACUGACGGAAUAUCCAUAGCACAAACGUCACAUGAGACUUGUGACGGAGGAUUCGAUCCAGAAAGCGAUUCAGUAAAGUAUCUGGGCAAAGCCAUUGGUGUCGCAGGCUGA